AUUUUCACACCGCGCUAGUCUUUCUCCAUCUAUCUUCCCUUUCUCUCUUAUCGUUCCCUUUUUCCCUCUCUAUCUUUCUCUCCGUGCCCUUUGGUGUUCUCUUCUUUGGCUCAAUAAUCAACCUCUCCCCCUCCUUUAACACGUUUGGAUUAUGCACUUUCAACUCCUCGUUUGAUUUUGCUCAUUUGGGAUGGGAAGGGUUAAGCUAAAGAUAAAGAAGCUAGAGAACACAAAUGGCCGCCAGGCGACUUAUGCCAAAAGGAAGCAUGGGAUAAUGAAGAAAGCUAAUGAGCUUUCUAUCCUAUGUGAUGUAGAAAUUACCCUCCUUAUGUUCUCCCCAACUAACAAACCUUCCCUAUGCAUUGGGAAGCGCAGCAGCAUUGAGGAGAUCAUUGAAAAGUUUGCUCAACUAACUCCGCAGGAACAGGCCAAAAGGAAGUUGGAAAGCCUUGAAGCACUGAAGAAAACUUUCAAGAAGUUGGACCAUGAUGUAAAUAUUCAUGAAUUUCUGGGUACAAGUUCGCAAACAAUAGAGGACCUGACCAACCAAGCAAGGCUAUUGCAGACCCGGCUUUCUGAAAUACAGAGGAGACUGAGUUGUUGGACUGACAUAGACAAGAUCAACAAUGUUGAUCAUUUGGGGCAAAUGGAAGAUUCACUGAAAGAAUCUAUAAAUCAAAUUCGAGCCCAUAAGGAAAAUUUAGGAAAGCAGCAGCUUUUACCAUUAGAAUGCACAAGUCAGUUCCAAAAGGAAAUGCAUGUACCCUUAAGAAUGGGCAUUGAGCAACAGCUCCAAUCUCUUGCAUUGAUGCCUAACAAUGACGGUAGACCCAUAGCAUUACCAGAGGACCCAAAUUUGAUACCCCAUAGGCGAGUCGAGUUUCUAGAAAUCUUAAAGUUGAUGUUUAAGGUCUUCCAUAAUGUAUUAUGAUGUUGAUUUCUUAAUUACCAGGGAUGUGGAGUGUUCCGCAAGUUCCUCCUUUGGUAGUUAUUCGGGUUACUUCAGCAC